CAGUUGAGAUUUAGGAGGCAAAUUUGGAACUAAGAUCUGGAAGCUGGAGGCAAAAGAGUUACUUGGAGAGGCAAAGGAGACACUACCUGUUGACUGGACUUCACAGCGAGGAAAGGAGAGAGGAGAGGCGGAGCCGGCCGCGGAGAUGGAUGAUGAUGAUGAUAAGAUUUCGACUUUGCCCGAGCCUAUGAAGCAUCACAUUCUCUCCUUCUUACCGAGCAUCAAAGAAGUAGCAAGGACUAGCUCGCUGUCGGAGUCGUGGCUACAGACGUGGCGAUCGUUCCAGAUCACCGACUUCGAACAAUGGCUUGUGUUACCAAGGUAUGAAAUUCUCUACCGCGGGAGCGAGUACAACGACCCCUGCGUCAGGUUCGUCGACAGUGCCUUAAUGAGGUCACGCCAUGGCAUGCCGAGGUUCAGACUCAUCGUGACCUUAGAUAUGGCUCCUCACAUUGAUAGAUGGUUAGGUACGGCUUUAGAUUAUCAUGUUCAGGAGCUAAGCCUAAACAUCACUUCCAAUGGCAUGGACCUGUUUGAUGAUGAUCUUCCUGCUUUGCCGUAUUUGAUUCCCGGGAAGGUUUUGUCUUGUGAGUUUAUCAAAUCCUUAACAUUGGAUAGUCCUGUAAAGAUUGAUAGGAUUAGCUCUGUGAGUCUGCCUUCUCUGCGGUCACUCCAUUUGUUAUAUUCUCUUAUUGACAACCAGAUGUUUCGGACACUACUCGGGGGCUGCCCUUUACUCGAAGGUCUUUCAGUAAUCAGCUGCAGUCCUUUGUCCGAGCUCAAAGUCUCGAAUCUCAAUUAUCUCAAGAGAGUGACGGUGGUAUCUUGUAACGACCCUGAGAUUAAUGCUGUCAGUAUUCAAUCCCCGAGCUUGGAAAGCUUUAGCUUGAAAUCCGAAUAUGGAUGCGACAAAGACAUUGGCUUAGUGGUUAAUGUAAGUUCGAGUCUAAGGUACUUAGAAAUCACGAACCUCGACAAGACGGAUGACUGGUUACGUCAAUUCCUUUCCAAAUUCCCUCUGCUGGAAAGCUUGACACUCAAAGGAUGCAGACUACUUCAAAGAAUUAAGAUUUCAAAUCCACUUCUGAAGAAGAUGUCAAUAAAGAACUGCGGCUUGGUGGACAUAAGAAUUGAUGCCCCGAAGUUGUCGUCUUUCUACUAUGAGACCAGGAGGACACUGCCCUCUGUAUGGACAGAGAACCCUCCUUACAGUUCUGUUGUUGGACUUGGAUUCAGAUAUUAUUUCGCUGAGGAUCCUAGUUCCCUCUGCUUCGAGGAGUUGCGGGAAUCCUUCACUAGAUGGUCAGCUAUAUUUGGAUGUCUCGAAUCAACUGUGCUUUUCUAUGAGAUGGAUGAGGGAAUGAAAGACGGCAUGAAUGAGAAAUUGGCUUUAUCGGCACCUGGGGUACAUCACCUGAAACUAGUGUUUGAUGCAACCCAAUCGAGCUGUCUUCUUAUUCUGGACUGCUUAUUUUCUACUUGUCGACCUACAACUAUUCUUCUCAGGCUAUCAUACCCUUUACUAAAGAUCAUCUGCGAGGUGCUUGCAAGCCGGGAAGAGAAUCCCAAGGGCUGUCCAUGUGAGGUUAAGUGUUGGAAACAUGAGCUCAAAGAUGCGAAGAUUGACAGGGUUGAGGGCAUCCAACAUCGUGGACCUUUAGAUUGGCACAGCUUAUUCAAUCUGUUGCCUACGCUGUUGGCAUCCAAUGAAGUUCGUUUUAGAUUGCAGUGGUGAAAUUGACAACGCGACGAUGCCAAAAGCUCUGUUUUUUAUGGAAACACUAAGCAUAGAAUCGUUCAUUGAAGUUGCAGUUAUUGGACGGACAUUAUGACGAAGGAAAUUUUGGCCUUGGAAGAACAAAGAAGUCCAUCCUGCCGAUGUGGUUGUGUAUUCCUUUUGCAUAUAAUGCAUAUGCAUCCAUGCAACGUGAAACUAAGCAUAAUGUGGAAUGUAAACAGAGUAUCCAUAAAUCUCUUUCAGUUCAUUCCAUACCCAAACAAGUUCCUUCUUCCAUUUAUUAGAAAGGAGGAGAAAGUAUUAUGUCCUUGCAGUCACUACUAUGAUCAUAUCAAACAGCAUAGUUUCGGGCC